AAGCAUGAGAGGUAUAAUAUUCGCAAAGCAUGUAAAUAUUACUUUCCUAUUCGUAUCGGUGCAAGUGUUGCUGCUGCUGCUGAUCGUGCUGUCCGGAAGCGGUAAUGCGGGAAAACAAGACAAGAACGGCAUCUCGUACAUUAUGCGUAUCACCAAGCUGCAGUGCAUCGACGCACCGUACAAGCGAACACACCUGAACUACUGCAAAAUGAUCCAGUUCCCGAAUGGGACGGUCGCCCUCAACACGUCCCUCACCGUACCGAUGCUGGUCAAUUACGCAGAGAUUGUGGCCAAGCUGUUCUACAAGUACAAAACCUACCGGCCGUUCAUGGUCGACUGGAGCAUUGACUACUGUCAGGCGGCACGAAAGGGCACCCUCAAUCCGACCGCUGCCAUCAUGAUGAAGAUAGCGGAGAACAGUAUGCCCGACUAUUACUAUCCCUGUCCGCACGGAAACCGUACGUACGCUACCUAUUGGACGUUUGAGCCAAGCUACAUUCCGACAACUCUGCCUUCCGGUGACUAUCGAUUGGAUAUCUACUUCCGGGACUCGAGCCGUAUCACGCUGUACGCUUUGCAAAUGUUUGCCUCGAUACGUAAGCAGGGGCUGAUCGGUUAGG